UUUUUUUCUGUUCAAAGGACUUUUUUCUUUCUCGCGUAUAUUUAUUUUUUUCGUUUGACAAAUGAGGACGUGAUCAUGGGAGUGCGCGGGUUACAAUACUACGUGGAGGCGAAGUGUCCGGAAGCAUGCUACAAGGUGAACAUCAAGAAGUUGGCUGAAGAAUUCCGGGUGCAAACCCGGGGUCGGGAUCCAGCGAUCGUUGUCGAUGGCAUGAGUUGCAUCCGGAGGUGGUAUGGGGACCUGGAGUGGAUCUACGGUGGUCAGUGGCGAGAAUACGUUCAGUUGCUGAAGCGGUUUUGCGAGGCUUUCCAGAAAGCCGGGAUCAAACUCGUCUUCUUCUUUGAUGGUCCUACUACAGAAGUAAAGCGUCCGUUGUGGGUCCAGCGGCGGGUGCAGAACGCGAAAGACGUGGAAGACAUUUUCCGUUCAGUGAAAAAGAUGCAUGCGAAGCCGACCGACUCUAAGAUCUUCCAGUUGCCCACUUCGAUG